GUUUCUGUGGGGACGGAUUUCACGGUGGACUGAUUCACACGCUGUUUUCUACUGCUCAGUCAGUGAAUUUCGUCUCUCUUCACCAUGCCGACUGACACCAAGCGAGUACGCGGCCCAGAGGUGUCUCAAAGCCCGCAUCUGUUUGCGUGCAAGCCGGCAGCCGUCCUGCCCUCGCACGGUCCCAGAGCGGACGGUCGGCCGCGGGAUCAGGUGGACGUCCGGCCUGUUUUCGUCCGGUGCGGGCUUGUGAGCCAGGCCAAAGGGUCCGCGUACAUGGAGGCUGGAAACACCAAGCUGAUGAGCUGCGUCUACGGUCCCAGAGAAACUGAGCGGAAAGAUGAGACCGAUAUGAAAUGUGGAAGGUUGACUACUGAUAUGCGUUUCGCUCCAUUCUCCUGCCCAGAGAGGGGCUCCUGGAUUCAGGGCAGUCAGGACAAGGACCUCUCCCUGAUGCUGCAUGAGAGUCUGCAGCCAGCUGUGUGCCUCCACAAAUACCCCCGCUCUCAGAUCGAGGUCAACGUGAUGGUUCUUGAAAACAGUGGUUCGGUCCUGGCACAUGCCGUCACAUGCGCCUCUCUCGCUCUCGCAGAUGCAGGGAUUGAAAUGUACGAUCUGGUGCUGGGCUGUGCCAUUCGGCAGGACGGCGCUUCUUAUGUGGUCGACCCUACUUAUGCGGAAGAAAACAGCUGCAGCUCUGUUAGCGGUGAGAACCAAGGCGGUCUGACGGUUGCAUUCCUGCCCAGCCUGAACCAGAUUUCUGGGCUGCAGUCAGAUGGAGAAAUGACUGAAGAGACUCUUACAGCUGGGGUUCGGACCUGCAUCGAGGGAUGCUAUAAAAUAUACCCGGUCGUCCAACAAGCUCUGGCCAAGGCUGUACGCAGGGCUGCUCCCCCACCAUCAGAGAGCUGAGAGACUCAUUAACCAAUAACUGCCAAGUUCAUAGCUUUUCUAGUUUCUACUUUCCAGUCUUUACUUUGACAACAUCAUCUAUUUUUCUAUGUUUGGUGUAAUGAUCUUUAAAUGAAAAUUGAUAAGACUCA